AUGCCAGACCCACGCAUCAGCGACGCAGAGCUUGCCAACAUCAACGCCGCUGCCGCGGUCCGCGAGUUCAACAUCAAUCCGCGUCUCGACUACCGCACCGUCUCGGCCGUCAACGGUCCCCUCGUUGUCCUCGACAAUGUCUCGUUCCCAUCUUACAACGAGAUUGUCCAACUCACCCUUCCCGACGGCUCGGUUCGUGGCGGCCAGGUGCUCGAGGUCAGCGGCAAGAAGGCAAUCGUGCAGGUGUUCGAGGGCACGUCGGGUGUUGACACGAGCGCGACCCGCGUCUCGUUCUCGGGCAGCUCGAUGAAGCUCGGCGUGUCCGAGGACAUGCUGGGUCGUGUCUUCAACGGUUCCGGUAACCCCAUUGACAAGGGACCGCGUGUUUGGGCCGAGGACUACCUCGACAUCAACGGCUCCCCCAUCAACCCCUACUCACGUAUCUACCCCGAGGAGAUGAUCCAGACGGGUAUCUCGACCAUUGACACGAUGAACUCGAUUGCGCGUGGCCAGAAGAUUCCCAUCUUCUCCGCCGCCGGUCUGCCGCACAACGAGAUUGCGGCUCAGAUCUGUCGCCAGGCCGGUCUCGUCAAGCGUCCGGGAGCGACCAAGAGUGUGCAUGACGGCCACGAGGACAACUUCUCGAUCGUGUUUGCUGCUAUGGGUGUCAACAUGGAGACUGCGCGCUUCUUCAUGCAGGACUUUGCCGAGUCGGGCGCCAUCUCGAACUCGACCCUGUUCGUCAACCUCGCGUCCGACCCGACCAUCGAGCGUAUUAUUACACCGCGUCUCGCUCUCACGACCGCCGAGUACUUUGCGUACCAGCUUGAGAAGCACGUGCUCGUCGUCAUGACGGACAUGUCGUCGUACGCCGACGCGCUGCGUGAGGUCUCGGCUGCUCGUGAGGAGGUCCCCGGUCGCCGUGGUUACCCCGGUUACCUGUACACUGACUUGUCGACGAUCUACGAGCGUGCUGGUCGUGUCGAGGGCCGCAACGGCUCGAUCACGCAGGUGCCCAUCCUGACCAUGCCCAACGACGACAUCACCCACCCCAUUCCCGACCUGACGGGCUACAUUACCGAGGGCCAGAUCUUCGUCGACCGUCAGCUGCACAACCGCCAGAUCUACCCCCCUAUCAACGUGCUCCCCUCGCUCUCGCGUCUCAUGAAGAGCGCCAUUGGCGAUAAGCUUACGCGCAAGGACCACGGUGACGUCUCGAACCAGCUGUACGCCAAGUACGCUGUCGGCAAGGACGCGGCGUCGAUGAAGGCUGUCGUCGGUGAGGAAGCGCUCAGUGCCGACGACAAGCUAGCGCUCGAGUUCCUCGACCGCUUCGAGCAUGAGUUUGUGGGCCAGGGUGCGUACGAGAGCCGCACGAUCUUUGAGUCGCUCGACAUUGCGUGGGACCUUCUCCGUAUCUUCCCCAAGGAGUCGCUCAACCGUAUCUCGCCCAAGAUUCUUGCCGAGUUCUACAGCCGCAAGGCCAAGGAGACGUCGGGCAAGAAGGCGACCAAGGAGGAGGACAACCUCAUCGACGCUUGA